GGCACUGCUGUUUGGCUGAUAUUGGGUUGUGUAUUAGAAUCUGUGUGCUGCUGUUGUCCGUUACUGCUGUUUACCUCAGUAAACCCUCUUUAACACGUUUAAUCUUCUCACGGUUUCUCUUUUUAGUGUAACAUAAAUCUUCAGAGCUGAAGUUGCCUUGGUAAAGUUCGUUUUUUCCCACCCCACCCUUUGAUUUAUUAUUCUUUCAAAAAUUCUUCGUUGUCAAGCCGCCAAAGUGGAGAGUGUGAUUGCAGAAGGGGGUUCUUCUCGUUUCAGCCUACAAUGGAGAAAGGGGAUAGACGAGUGAUAGUGCAGAAAUGAAAAUUGAGUGUCCCAAUAUGGCAAGCUGCAGCAGAGCGCCUGCGACAACCAAGAUCUUGGAAAAAAGAGUAAAGAAAGACCAUGUCAGCUAAUGCUUCUUCAGGUGGAGGAGAAGGUAGGGGUGCACCUCAGCACUAUCCCAAAACUGUCGGCAGCAGUGAGUACCUGGGGAACACCCCAGGGCCUAGCGUUCAGAAAUGGGUUCCUUCAAGAAGCACUAGACGAGAUGUCAACUCCUCUGAUGAGAAAGAGCACCAGGAUGCAAUAUUUAGGAAAGUAAGAGGGAUACUUAAUAAACUGACCCCUGAAAAGUUUGACAAGCUAUGCCUUGAGCUCCUCAACGUGGGCGUAGAUUCAAAGCUCGUCCUGAAAGGAAUCAUCUUGCUGAUCGUAGACAAAGCCCUAGAAGAGCCAAAAUACAGCUCACUGUAUGCUCAGCUAUGUCUGCGUUUGGCAGAGGAUGCACCAAACUUUGACGGUCCAUGGCCUGAGAUUCAAGCAACACAAAAGCAAAGUACAACUUUUAGAAGACUUCUGAUUUCCAAACUCCAAGAUGAAUUUGAAAACCGCACCAAAAAUGUUGAUAUCUACGACAAAAAAGACAGCCCUCUUACAUCUGAGGAAGAGGAGCAACGUACCAUCGCCAAACUUAAAAUGCUUGGCAACAUUAAAUUUAUUGGGGAACUGGGUAAACUUGAUCUCAUCCAUGAAUCUAUCCUUCAUAAGUGCAUCAAAACACUUUUGGAAAAAAAGAAGAGGAUCCAGCUUAAGGAUAUGGGGGAGGAUCUGGAGUGCCUCUGUCAGAUAAUGAGAACUGUGGGUCCUAGACUUGAUCAUGAAAAAGCCAAGUCUUUGAUGGCUCAGUAUUUUGGCCGUAUGCGAUCCUUAAUGAACAACAAGGACUUGCCAGCCAGGAUUCGUUUCCUACUCCAAGACACAGUGGAGCUGCGAGAGAACAAUUGGGUUCCUCGCAAAGCUUUCAUCGACAACGGACCAAAGACAAUUAACCAGAUUCAUCAGGAUGCAGUGAAGGGCUUGGGUGUCUUCAUUCCACCCAUGAACCAGGAAAUGAGAAUGGACUUCUUUCUGGAAGGGCCCUUUAUGCCACCCAGAAUGAAAUUGGAUCGAGAAACUCUUGGAGGAUUGGCGGACAUGUUUGGGCAGAUGCCAGGCUGUGGAAUAGGCACUGGACCAGGAGUAAUCCAGGACAGGUUUUCUCCCACUCUGGGACGUCAUCGUACAAACCCACUUUUUAAUGGCAACGUGGCUACUGCAGCUCUUUCUCAGUUUGAUAUGGCUAUUAGGCCUUUCAUGAAACCUAACCAGGUACAGAAUCAGCAUUUUCACAACCAAAACCUGAUCCAUGCCCUCCAGCAGCAAGUUCAAUCCAAUGACAUGCAAUCACGCUUCAAGAAGGGGCAGCUUAAUGCAGAUGAGAUCAGUUUGAGACCAGCUCAGUCAUUCAUGCUGAUUAAAAACCAAGUGUCAAAGCUUCAGCCUCAGAUUCCCAUCAUGAUUCCACCCAGUGCUCAGCUUCCACGUACUCAGACACCCCCACUUGGACAGCCUCCACAGCUGGGUCUAAAAACAAAUCCUCCACUGAUUCAGGAGAAACCUCAAAAGAUUAGUAAGAAACCUGCACCUACUAAAGAGGAGCUGCUCAAAAUGACAAAAACCAUAAUAGAGGAAUACCUGAACAGUACGAACUUGGAGGAUUCAGUCACUGGUGUUCGAGAGAUGAAGGCUCCUAAACACUUCCUGCCAGAAAUGUUAAGGACGAUUAUCCUGUGCUCUCUGGAUCGCUCUGAUGAGGAUAAGGAGCAGGUCAGCACACUGAUUCACACCCUGCGCACAGAGGGAAUCGUCAGUGGAGAGAAUUUCAUGCAGGCUCUGCUUAGUGUGCUUGAUCAGUGUCCUAAGAUUGAGGUGGACAUGCCUUUGGUGAAGUCUUAUUUGGCACAGUUUGCAGCACGGGCUGUCAUUGCGGAAAUAGUCAGCAUUGCAGAGUUGGCCCACCCUCUGGAAAAUGGCAACCACUUCCCCCUUUUUUUGCUUUGCCUACAACAAGUGUCCAAGUUAAAGGACCGUGAGUGGCUCACUGAACACUUCCAGCAGAGCAAGGUCAACAUGCAAAAGAUGCUGCCAGAAAUUGACCAGAAUAAAGACCGUAUGUUGGAGAUUCUGGAGGGUAAGGGUCUGAGCUUUCUCUUCCCCCUCAUGAAGCUCGAGAAAGAGCUCCUGAAGCAGAUCAAAGCAGACCCAGCCCCCCAGAGCAUUUACAAGUGGAUCAAGGACAACAUCUCACCAAAACUCCAAACAGACAAGGGCUUCAUCAACAUUCUAAUGACCAGUUUCCUGCAGUAUAUCUCAGCCGAGCUCUGUCUGUCUGAGGGCGAUGAGCAUCUGUCUGCCCCUACUAAAGAACAGCUGGAACAGGAAAAGCAGCUGCUGCUGUCCUUCAAGCCAGUCAUGCAGAAGUUUCUCCACGACCAUGCUGACUUGCAAGUCAGUGCCCUGUAUGCUCUACAGGUUCACUGCAAUACAUAUGCCUUCCCCAAAGGCAUGUUGCUGCGUUAUUUUGUAAACUUUUAUGACAUGGAGAUCGUUGAAGAAGAUGCUUUUCUCGCCUGGAAAGAAGAUAUUACCCAAGAGUUUCCUGGAAAAGGAAAAGCUUUAUUCCAGGUGAAUCAGUGGCUGACCUGGUUGGAAACGGCUGAAGAAGAGGAGUCAGAGGAGGAGAAUGACUGAGGGAGAAUUCAACUGUCUUCUAGAGCUGUUUGGAUAUUUCAUUGUAACACAUGCUUAGUUACUUCCACUAAACAUUAUACUGUUUAAGUGUCCAUUAAGCAUCUACAAGACUAUAAAUUAUCAUCAAAAUGAUUUGUCUUUGCUAGCACAGCAAAACUAGUUAUGUUUGGUUUAAUUAGAUACAUUUUGGCUUCUUGGUAAUAAUCUACAUGAGUCUUAGAUUUGACAGAAUAAAUGUCGUUGUGAUUUGGGUGUAAAGAAAUGGUGAAGUACAAAUUGUUUUUCAAAUGUACUUUUUUAGCCAAGUGUAGCUAACAAGUAAUCGCAAGUCUUUUAGUCAAAAUAAUUUCCACGAAUACAUUUCCAGAUGCUUAACACAUUAGAACCUACUAAUGUUGUUAUUUAGUAAAGGGGUUCAUGAUUUUAUUAUGAUUAGAAAUACUCACUCAAAUCAUUCUAAACUUUUAAAAGGAAUAGUAUUUUAAUAACCGAAUAGCAAAAUAAUCUGAAGUAUCAAGAAUUAACAAUGAGAAACAUGGAUUUAAGGUUUUACGGUUGUGGAUUGUGCACAGCUGUUAAAAUGCACAAUUUUUAACAUGAUGUACUGUAAUCAAUGUACUGUUUUUUGUCAGAAUCAUAAAAAUAUACUAUUUAAUUCUAUUCUAUAUUGACCCAAUUUUUAGUUAUCUAACAUUUGCCUAACAAAUAACUUUGACUUAACAUGACCUAAAUAAAAUUCUUUCUUAACAUGAAUUAGCUUUUAAAUACAUAAUUUAAAGUAUUUUAUUACUUUUUUUAUACACACAAAGUAUACUUAAUGGGUUCUCAGUGCAUUUUUCAUUCAGGCUACAGUUAAUCUUUUGCAAAUCUAGUUUAAUAUAUAGACUUAAGCUUAUAACAUUUUAACUUUUGGGAUUUGACUCAGUUAAGUACAUUUAAAUAGCUUAUUAACACAAGCAAAUAACUAAAUAGCUAUGAAUUCUUUAAAAUAAACAACAAAUAUUAAUACACAAGUAGAUUUAUUUCUCAUUUAUAUAAAUAUGCAAUAUGUAAUACCAGAACACCUUUAAAUUUAAGGUGAGGCUUGUAAAACUAUGUUAGUCUAAAUGAGUAGCCAGAUAGUGAGCUUGCUUUCUAAGGCUUUUGCAUUCUGAUAUAUUCUGUCUUUUAAUCCUGCACAGAACAUUGACUAACUGUUCUAAAAAGAAACAUAGUUGUGGAUAAAGGAUGCUGCUGUAUGGCUCCGUUUAUUUAUUAGUGAAAUUUUACAUCACAAUAUCUGAUGCUUAUUGUAAGAACUGAACGUGGUUAGAAGUAAAGUGUGAGAGCAUGUAUUUUGACUAAAGGACAUCAGAUUACUUGUUGGCUACAUUAGUUUUGUAGGAAUUAAGCAAAUGUUUGACAUUAAUCAUUUUGGUUUGUUCCCUACAUGGGUGGUAAAUAGAGAAUUCUGUGUGUUGCUUAACUGUUUUUUUUAAAUCAAGGCUUUUUAAUCUUAUUUGCAGUAGGCUUAUUUUAACUAAGCAGGGGUUACAGCUGUUUAACCUGCAUUGUAAGGACCCAGAUUCACUGAUUGAACAUGUGGAAUCCUGUAGCUCCUGCAAUAUUGAUAAAAAUUGACACAAUGCUUUAAUCUUGGUUUCAACAAAUGCUUUUUUAUUAAUGUAGAUGGUUAAAUGUUUAUAUACAUUAGCGACACAUUAAUAAGCAAGCAUUAAUCAGACAACUGCAAUCAUUGGUUCUGUCCAGCAUUUACCUAGCAUUUGUUCUUCUGCUUUCUGAAUUGACAUGGCUUUUAAAAGCACUAAAGCUAACAUUAUCUAUAGAAAUAAACUGAUAACAGAGAAUAUCGCACACAACACGUGUUGUCAAGACUUGGCGCUUUAGUGCUUUGCAGAAACCUUGCAUAGAAUUACCUUAGUUUUAGUAUUGCAGAUGUAAUUGUUUAAACAAAAAUCCAACAUGAGUAUUGCAAGUAUUUUAAUACACAGUUGAACUAUAUGAAAUAAUUAAAUUUAUAUUAAAAGAAUACAUAUUCUGUUAAAUACUCUAAAGUAAAAAGGCUUUUGCCCUUGUCAUUAGGCAGUGCUCAGCAGCCUAACUGACAAGAGUUGUACUUUUUUUUCUGAGUUGCAUGGAUGUUUCUUUACUGAUGCCCAUGUAUAAGAAUAAAUAACUCAAUCACUGGACAGUUUGUUUAGUGUUUUGUGCUAAACAAUUAUUGUUAUACUUUCAAUAAACAAAAUUAGUCACCA